AUGAAACUGAAAGAAGGGAAAAGAUCCAGUAGAGAUACAAGCUACGCUUUCCACAUGAAUGAGCAGAGCCAGAGCAGCAGAGAGUCCAGCUAUCUCAUUGGAGAAGAAACAACGCCUGCAAAGAGAUUCAAUUUGUUCCUGAGGCGGCGUCUGAUGGUAAACCCAGAAAGAAGAAAAGAGUUUGAACAAAAUCUCAUAAAAACAGGUCUUGAGUUGGAAACUGAAGAUAAAAGGGACUCUGAAGAUGGAAGAACUUAUUUUGUCAAGAUCCAUGCCCCUUGGGAGGUAUUAGUUACUUAUGCUGAAGUGUUGGGAAUGAAAAUGCCUAUUAAAGAGAGUGAUAUUCCUCGACCUGAGCACACUCCCCUAAGCUAUAUGCUUGGGCCUGUGAAACUCCCAGCGAAUGUGAGGCAUCCUCAUCCAGAAUAUUUCACUGCCCCAUUCAGCAGACAUCGGCAGGAGCUCUUCCUCAUUGAUGAUCCAUCAAGCUUCUUUCCAUCCUCAUCAAGAAACAGAAUUGUAGGUAGAGAAGACCUUUGAGCACGUCCCUUCCAGUAUGGGAUUAUUCCACUGUAUACAUAUACCACAUUUUCUUUUUCCAUUCAUCCACUGAUGGAUGGCCAAUAUUGGAAGCCAUCAGAACCUCCUAAUCCUGUCAAUGAAAGGUACAUACUUUACCAGAAUUGGGCUCGAUUUUCCUAUUUUUAUAAGGAGCAGCCUUUAGAUUUGAUUAGGAAUUAUUUUGGAGAAAAAAUUGCUAUCUAUUUUGUUUUUCUUGGAUUUUACACAGAAAUGCUGUUCUUUGCCGCUGUAGUUGGCUUAGCUUGUUUUAUUUAUGGUUUACUAUCAAUGGAACAUAACACCAACAGCAUGGAAAUCUGUGACCCUAAUAUUGGAGGUCAGAUGAUCAUGUGUCCACUCUGUGAUCUAGUGUGUGAUUAUUGGAGACUAAAUAGUACCUGUUUAGCUUCAAAGUUCUCCCAUUUGUUUGAUAACGAAUCAACAGUGUUCUUUGCAAUAUUCAUGGGAAUUUGGGUCACAUUAUUUUUGGAGUGUUGGAAACAGCGACAAGCCAAACUAGAAUAUGAGUGGGACCUGGUGGAUUUUGAAGAGGAACAGCAGCAGCUUCAGCUAAGACCUGAGUUUGAAGCUAUGUGUAAACACAGGAAAAUGAAUGCAGUAACUAAGGAGAUGGAACCUUACAUGCCUCUAUGUGCUCGUCUUCCAUGGUACUUUUGUUCAGGAGCCACAGUGGUAUUAUGGAUGUCUCUUGUCGUCAGCAGCAUGGUAGCUGUAAUUGUGUACCGCCUGUCAGUCUUUGCUACAUUUGCUAGCUUCAUGGAAAGGGAUGCAUCCUUAAAGCAAGUCAAAAGUUUCCUUACUCCCCAGAUAGCCACAUCACUCACAGGAUCGUGCUUGAACUUUAUUGUCAUCUUGAUCUUGAAUUUCUUUUAUGAAAAGAUAUCUGCCUGGAUUACAAAAAUGGAAAUUCCUCGAACUUACCAGGAGUACGAGAGCAGUCUUACCUUGAAAAUGUUCCUGUUUCAGUUUGUAAAUUAUUACUCAUCCUGCUUCUACGUAGCUUUCUUUAAAGGGAAGUUGGUGGGCUAUCCUGGAAAAUACACAUAUAUGUUUAAUGUGUGGAGAAGUGAAGAGUGUGAUCCUGGAGGCUGUCUAAUAGAAUUAACAACCCAGUUGACCAUCAUAAUGAUUGGGAAACAGGUUUUUGGAAACGUUAAAGAAGCCAUUUAUCCGUUGGUUUUGAAUUGGUGGAGACGCCGAAAAGCUCGGACCAACUCUGAGAAACUAUACAGUCGAUGGGAGCAGGAUCAUGACCUUGAACGUUUUGGACCCCUUGGGCUAUUCUAUGAAUACUUAGAAACAGUUAUUCAAUUUGGAUUUGUUACACUAUUUGUGGCCUCUUUUCCCUUGGCUCCUCUUCUUGCUCUCAUAAAUAAUAUAGUAGAGAUUCGAGUGGAUGCCUGGAAACUUACUACUCAGUACAGGAGAACUGUAGCUUCUAAAGCUCAUAGCAUAGGUGUUUGGCAAGACAUUCUUUAUGGAAUGGCUGUACUUUCGGUUGCAACUAAUGCUUUUAUUGUUGCAUUUACAUCGGACAUCAUUCCUCGUUUAGUUUACUACUAUGCCUACUCAACAGAUGCCAUGCAGCCUAUGAAAGGAUAUGUGAAUAACAGCUUGUCAGUAUUCCUGAUAGCUGAUUUUCCAAAUACUACUGUACCUUGGGAAAACCGAGACUUCACCACUUGCAGGUACAGAGAUUACAGAUAUCCUCCUGAUCAUGAGAAGAAAUAUUUUCAUAAUAUGCAAUUCUGGCAUGUCCUCGCUGCUAAGAUGACCUUCAUCAUAGUUAUAGAACACGUUGUGUUUUUAGUUAAAUUUCUGUUGGCCUGGAUGAUACCUGAUGUUCCAAAAGAUGUUGUGGAGAGAAUCAAGCGAGAAAAGUUAAUGACUGUCAAGAUUCUCCAUGACUUUGAGCUCAAAAAAUUAAAAGAGAACUUGGGACUUAAUUCCAAAGACUUUUCCAAGCAUUUCAUGAUUGAGGAAAGCAAAGUAAAUCUGGCUGGAUCAACAACCUAA